CUGUGUUCAGUUUUGCGUUUAUGACCGGAGAUUAUCAAGAAGUCGACGAUCGAAGCAAAAUUGUAUUUCUUCUUGAUUCUGGGGCAUCGGGUCACCUGAUCAAUAGAGAAAAUUUGGCAGCAAAUUUCGAUACAUUGGAAAUACCACUAAAAAUUUUCGUAGCGAAAAAUGGAGCUUUUAUAACAGCAACGAAGAAGGGCAAAAUGAAUAUCACCACCAAUAGAAGACAUCUAUUAUUGUCCGGAUAUACCUUACAAUCUGUUGUCAGUUCGAAGGAUAUAGCAGGCCGGAAUGACGAUUACUUUCGACACAAAAGGCGUUGAAAUAGGUAAAAGUGGUAAAGUCAUCAUAACAGGUAAGCCACUAAAUAAUUUAAUCAGAAUAGAAUUCAUAGUUAAUUCAAAUGAAGUAAAUUCCAUAGUUAAAGUAAAUAAUACUGAAAAAAAUAAUUAUGAUUUAUGGCAUCAACGAUUAGGCCACAUUGGAAAGUGUUGGAAGACCAACCAUUUGAUAACGAUAACCCUACGAACUCACUGCCGGAUAUCCUACCAUUCUAUACCAAUAAUUCGUCGAACUCACUGCUGGAUAUACCACCAUCCAAUACCAAUAAUUCGUUGAACUCUAUGCCGGAUGUCCCACCAUCCAAUUCCGCGAUCUCCGACUCAUCAGCGAUAGUCUUGGCUCCGUUCUCAAGCAUCAAGAGCUAGAGUCAUCCUCCCCCACUAAGCGAAGAAGCCAUAUAUAUGUAUAUAUAUAUCUUGACAAUAAGUCAGACCUCAGAAUUAAAGAUUCAACCACCAAGCGAAGUACUUGUGUUGUUCCAUUGCGUAUUUCUUAUUCAUGUAAAUUGCGUUAGUUGAGUUCGGCGUGUCAUAGAGAACAAUUCGAAUAAACUUUUAUACUUUAAAAGCGAUCGUUCUUCACCCGGAUCCCAACAUAAAUUUUUGGUGUCAGAAGUGGGAUAGUGUCCAACAGUUACAUUACAGCUGUUAAUACGGAGCAAUAUUCCGCACUGUGUGUAACUGCCAAUUUCAAUUGGAAAAUUGGACACAUCAAAAGUAAUUUCGCGAAGAAGAAGCUACAUCCCGGUAACGAAAUACUGGAUCUGACGAACCAGCACCGAGGGUAGACAGCAGUGGAAGAAAACAACAUAAAAUACCGGAAGAUUGUGAUACGAAGACCAUCAGAGUCAGCAUCGAGACAUGGACGUACAUCCAAAAUAACCAUUGGAUUUACGUUUUGCAAAAACCAAUCACUGUAGCUAUUCUUUGCCGUGAAGACAAAGACCAUAUGGAGGACAUAGUUCUACACCAGACAGGUAUACUGUAUCUAGAAAGUCAAUGCAAAGGGUACAGCAAUAUCUACCUCUUGGAACCAACAAAGCAGACCAAGAGGAACAUCACCCAUUACGCACCUCCAAUUAGUAUAGUGGACAGUGAUUGCUGUGUUGUAAAUAUAGACAAAGUUAAAAUUGAUGCGGCACAUUUGGAAUCAGUAAAACUUACAAAUAUAGACUUAUCCGAUUUUAAAUAUGCGAACAAAAAACUAAAUGAGCUUGAUCAAAUUCUAACUCAUAAUCUAAACGAACCAUUUAUUGUUACUCACACUCGAUGGUACACAAUCGCCAUAGGAAUAAUAGCUGCUAUUCUAAUAACUGUAAUUUGUAUAAAAUGUUGUCGUUGGUGUGGCUGCCUAAGAUUACUACAAAGAUUUUUCUGUUUUACGAAAAACCCAAACAACGGGGAAAGUGUACCACCUAUGAUAAAAAAUAUUAUUAAUUGUAACUUCGAUUCAAACACCCGUAGCGACUACCGAGAAACAUCAAGGGACGUCGUCACGUAUAGCAAUAGAAGACGGGCUGCUGGAAUUGGCAGUAUCAGCUCAACCGAAGACAGUGAGAGAAGCCGAACACCACCACCCAUAUGCAGUCCUACAGCCAAAAACUAUUACAGAAGAAACCUACGCAAAAGUACCACGCCAAUGUAAAAAUGUUUAGCAUAAACUUAAUAGUUAAGUUUUAAUAAUUAAAAUCAUAAUUCAGACUCUUAAAUAGUUAUUAGAAAACUCUUAUGUUAAUCAAAUUAUUAUUGCGAUAUAAUCAAAAUAUCAUAUAUGUAUAUCCAUAUCUAUAUAUACGUUUGUACUAGUAGUUUGCAAGUUUAAAGAUAAAUGUGACAUAUAAUUAAUACUCAACCAAACUAUUAAAUUGUAUAAAUAAGGUAAAUUUUAAAUUGAAUUCUAACGAAUUCAAUCUUUUAUGGGGGAAGGUGUUGGAACACCAACCAUUUGAUAACGAUAACCCUACGAACUCACUGCCGGAUAUCCCACCAUUCUAUACCAAUAAUUCGUCGAACUCUAUGCCGGAUGUCCCACCAUCCAAUUCCGUGAAUUCCGACUCAUCAGCGAUAGUCUUGCCUCCGUUCUCACGCAUCAAGAGCUAGAGUCAUCCUUCCCCACUAAGCGAAGAAGCCAUAUAUAUAUGUAUAUAUAUAUAUAUAUAUCUUGACAAUAGGUCAGACCUCAGAAUUAAAGAUUCAACCAUCAAGCGAAGUAUUUGUGUUGUUCCAUUGCGUAUUUCUUAUUCAUGUAAAUUGCGUUAGUUGAGUUCGGCGUGUCAUAGAGAACAAUUCGAAUAAACUUUUAUACUUUAAAAGCGAUCGUUCUUCACCCGGAUCCCAACAAAAGUCUAAAUUUCUAGAAUUAAAGGAUAAAGAAAUGGUUGAGGAUAUAAAGCAAAUAGAAAAAGUUAAAGUUAAUGAUAAAUUAUGCGAAGCUUGUAUAUAUGAGAAACAAGCACGAUUACCAUUCAGAAGAGCAAAAGAUAAAAAUUAUAUUAAACGACCAUUGUUUAUUGUACACUCAUAUAUUUGCGGUCCAAUCACUCCUUCGACAAUUAAUAUUAGCAAUUACUUUGUUCUUUUUGUGGAUGAAUUUACUCAUUUGUAGGAUAAACUUCCCGCGUAUUACUACCUGCGAUGGCACCCAAGAUCCCGACACCCAAAAUCCCGACAGCCAAAAUUCCGACAGCCCAAAAUCCCGACCACCAGAACUCCGUGUUCUUGGUUAGGUUAGGAUAGUUUUGUUGUUUGGCGUGGUUGAGUUAGUUUUUUGUAUUUAGGUUAUGUCGGUUUGAUUUUGUGGUUCUUUGCACACGUGAGGUUAAUUUUGUGUACAUUUGAUUAGGUAAGGUUAGUACCGUGUAUAUCAAAGAAGUUAGGUUAUGUCGGAUUCGGUUGGUUUUGAGUGACUUUCAUAAGUUUAUGUUCGGUUAGGUUAGAUUUGAGUAUUUUUCAUAAGUUUAGAGUAGUUUUUUGUAUCUAUUGCCACACUGGUGUAGUACGAAGUAUUUUGGUCAAGUUAGGUUAGGUUUGAUUUGUGGAUUUACU